AACCCCGUCACGUGAUUUGGGUAGAGCAUCCUUUUGGCCCGUUCUGGAUGAUAGCGCGACGGCUCCGUUCAACCCGAAUAAACAUGACCAAAUUGCAGUUUUUAAACGUGUUUUUGACCGAGCGCUUAAUGCUCGCAGCGCAGGAGAUCUACAAGUCUGUGGAAGACACCAUUUUGGAGUACCAGGAGGAGAUUGCGAUCCGCGAGAGGGAGAACGAUCAUCUGAGGCGCAGGCUUCGGGACGCGGGCAUCGAGAUAUGGCCAGACCGUCCCUCCAUGGGUCUGUUGGACGAUGAAGACGGCGAACACCCUCGCCGCGAGUGGAGCCCAAGCAUGGGCCACGAGGAGCGUAUCCCAAUUCAGAUCAAGGACAAACGCGACCACCGCCAAAACCAAGGCCCUGACCCCCAUCCGCAUCCACACAACCAACAUGGCUCCUCCUGCAGCGCAUCCGAGAACCUCUACCCCCCGCAACGCUCCGACUAUCCACAAGAGGCGCCCCACUCUUCCAAUCUGCAGCAGGGAGUCGAGAAUAGAGAGCGAGAUGUGCCUAGUAGAAACCCAGUUCGCAAAAUCGAGCCGAAUUCUAACCCUAACCCACAACCUCUUGCGCCGGUCAACCCAAAUUGCUCCAACAACGAAAACAUUGACAUUAUAGGCGUUGAUAAUGGAAGCGGGAUGGUGAAGGGUAGAGCCACUAGGGGGCAGUCUUCUCACAUGAGUAACCAAGCUGCGGCCAGCAACAAUGUAGAAUGCCCGCACCAGAAGUCACCGAUCCCGGGACAUAUGUCGUCAUCGUUCUGUUGUAAAGUUUGUGGGGAGGCAUUUAGUCACAUGGGCCAUCUGCACGUGCAUGUUCAGGUUCACACGCGCGAGAAGCCGUACCGAUGUGGCGUUUGCGGUAAAUGUUGUAGCUCAUCCGGUAGGUUACAGGAACAUCAGCGUAGUCACACAGGAGAGAAGCCGUUUAGAUGUCAGAUUUGUGGCAAAGGUUUUACACAAAUGGCUCAUCUCAAAGUGCACAUGAGAAUUCACACCGGAGAGAAACCUUACAGCUGUCCAGUCUGCGGCAAGUGCUUCAGCCGUUCAGACAAAAUCAAACGCCACCUCCAAACCCACAACCGUGACGGGCAAUACUUCUCAGGUCAAUAAGGGAGUAAAUACUAUAGACCCCCCAUUCACACAUAGUUCCCAGUAAAUUUCCAGGUUCAGCGUUCCGCAGUGACCCCCAUUCACACAUGCAGCAGUCCCAGAGCAUUGUCAGGUCUGCUCUGUUCACACAUAACCUGGCAUUUGGCUCUCUAUGCUCUCUCACAUAGCAACACAGUACUGCAUUAUUUUAAUUGAAUGAGAAUGGAACGUAUCCGUAUAGUGCAACCAAGGAAACUGGUAACCAAGGAAACCAAGCGAUAAUACUGGCUGGUUUCCUUGAUUUCUGACUGUAUUCACACAUAAGCCUUCCCUGCAUAUUCCUGGUAGUUUACUCGGGGAAUUGCUAGAUCAAAAAUGCAGGGCUGGCUUCGUUCACACAUGAUCCUGUUCUGGGAAAAUGCAGGAAAAUUUCCAGGUCAGACUGCAUGUGUGAAUGGGGCUCUAGUCUUGUUUCGCUUCCCUAACCCAUGUGUUCUUUCUAUGGUAUUUUUUUUUACAGUAGGAAUCAACUUUUUAACGAGUUCUAAGAAAUGGCUUGCUAAAAGAUUCCUACAGUGUGAAAAUGUCUUUUAAAUGCGCAAUCUCUGCCAUAAGGAGAAAUAGGGCUGGGUGACAUGGUACAAUUUGUGUUUUUAGCUUUAGUUUUUUACAAGGGAAAUCCCACUUCUAUUGAUCACAUCUGUGUAGUUGAGUCAAGUAGCUAUAAUGUGUAAAAGCUUGGAUAUAUAUUGCGCUGUACAAACAUGACAAGCUUACCAAAGCGCUACAGUGACUUGUUAAAUGAACUCGCCACAUAAAACGACAUGUUUUCUGUGAUGGGAUGAAAUAUUCAUAGAAAAAUCUAUUAUCCAUCUAUCUAUUUAUGCAUCCUUCAGGGACUCUAGUUUCCCCCAUGAACCUAAAAUAUGUCCAUCCUCCAGCUAGGUACUCUUGUCAGUAAACCUACUUUUAACAGGUUUAACCCCAACUGUAUUUAACAAUGGUCCAAAUACAGAGAACACAAUAGUCUGCCUUCACCAUAACUUUAAACUGUUGAUUACUGGAGGUCUAUCUUACCUAAGCUGGCAUUGUCAUUUUGCAACAGAUUUCAGUAUAGUACCAGAGAUAGAAGAGGAAAAAUCCUCUAUCCUAGCCAAAAAAGUAAUUUACUUAACUUAAAAAAAUACUUAAAACUAUUGAACAUAAUAAAUUGGCUUCUGCAAGUCCAAUAUUUAUACUUCUGUCACGUUGGUAGUGCAAACCAAGCAAAACAACUGUAAAGUCUUUUCUGACUGUUUAAAGUGAAAUGUUGAAAAUGAUCGGAUCUGUCUCCUAGCCCUAUUGCAGUGUCUUCAUAGGCCCUUAUAGCCAAUUUUAUACGUUUUUAUUUUUUUAAUCAGGCACAUUCUAAGACAAUAACUACUUUUCCGAUUAGUCUUCCACAUUAUUUUUUGUGACUUUACACGAUAAUGACUCCGACAGUGUUUAGCAGCACAGUGUGUAUCUUUAUAUCUCUUUGUUUCUCUAUUUUUUAUUUUAGAUUCACAGUUUAGCAACAUUUUAGAUGAUAUUUGCAUGGAAUAAGUGUAUAAUUGAUGGACAUAGCUGCCAGUUUCUAUGUAGAUAAACUUGUCAUUAUUUUGUUACAAGGCAUUCUGGCACUGGUCACAAAUGUAUUAUUCUAUUUUUAGAUUUAUUGUAUAACUAUUACAUUACAUUGUCUUACUUCUUACAAUAAAACGUCUGUAUGUCA